UAUUAGAUUCAUUGUUAUAUGAAGUUGUCAACCACACCUAAGUAUCUUCGUUGUCAGGUUUUGAUUCUGAAAGUUACCCUCGACAAAUAAACACCCCAAAUCGGCACAUUCAUCAAAAUUUAACUAUUACAAUGUUCCGUAAGCUUUUUCGGGACUCCAAAACAGGUUUUCAUCUGCUUAGUUCAAUGAAUUCCAAGAAAUACCUAAAAAACAUUGGAUUGGAAAGAGAAGACUACUACUUUUUGAAACAUGUUGGGAAGGGCUUGCUUUGCACCUAUGCUGUGCUUGGGGCUCUGUGGCUCUACACUGAGAAGAAUUCCUCACUGGGGUGGGGGAAACUGAAGCCAAGGCUGAAGGAGCACGAAGAAGCAUUGAAGGAUUUCAUAGGCAAAGGAAGGAUGAUUGGAGACGCUGUUAGUCCAAAAGGGAUGAGUGAGAGUGAUAAGGAUGGGAACUAUAACAACCAGAAGGAGACGCAGAACAAGAAUUUUGAUGAGGAAGCUCAGAAGCUGUGGUUGAGACUGAAGCAUGAGGUCGCAACUGAACUAAAGCAGAAGGGUUUUGAUGUUGAAUAACUGUACGCUUUACACUUAAUGAAUGCCAGUGUCAUUCCCAUGAUACAUGACCUGAUUGUGAGGCUGUAGUUGUAGUACAUGUUAGGAAUCUUAUGUAUGCUACAUGGUAAAUAAGUAAGUAGCAUUUUGCUGUGUGAAGUAUUUGAUAAAAACCUGAAUGAUGAUAAAAGGAAGGAAUGAUCAGUCUGCUUGCUCUUUGUUGAAUAA